AUGAUACUUCGUCUCCGUAGACCUCUCCUCAUCCUUCCCAAAUCUAUCCACACUAAACCAACACCACCCACUGCUUCUUCUUCUUCGGAUAUCACCGGUCUCUUGAUCAACGGCGGCAAAUGGGACGCCCUUACCGCCCGCUUCGGCUCCAUAACUCUCACCAACUCCCUCGUCGAACAAGUGCUCCUCGAUCUGAAAGAACCCAGCGACGCUAAGAAAGCCUUACUCUUCUUCCACUGGUCCUCAACCCAACACUCAUCUUUCCACCACUCCCUUCGCUCCUACUCCAUCGCCAUCCACAUCCUCGUCCGCUCAGGCCUUUUCAUCGAUGCCGGCGCGUUGCUCGAGUCGGCUAUAACCAAGACUUCCCAACCGGAAUCUUGUCUCCUUGACGCCCUUUUGUCUACUUACGAAGCAACCCCUUCCGGCCCUCGAGUGUUCGACAUUCUGGUGCAGACGUACGCGAAGAUGAGGAUGCUCGACCAUGCCUUUGAUGCUUGCUCUCACCUCAUGGACCGUGGCUUUUCAAUAAGCUUAACAAGCUUCAAUGCUUUGCUGCGCGUGGCUCAAAAAUCCAAUCGCUAUGAUCUUGCCUGGAAGGUGUAUGAGUAUAUGCUUCACAGAAGAGUUUACCCCGACCGUAACUCCAUUGAAACCAUGACAAAUGUUAUGUGUAAACAGGGAUCAUUGCAGAAUAUAAUUAGUGUUCUGGAUAAGAUUAAUGGCAAGCGAUGUGCUCCGGCAGUGAUUGUAAACUCCGGCCUGUGGUUUAUGAUUGCUAAAAAAGACAACUUUAAUGUUGAUCAUGGGAUUGUGUUGCUGAAGAGGUUGUUACAGAAAGACAUGAUUGUUGAUAGUGUUGUGUAUUCGUUGAUCAUCUCCACUCGUUGUGAGAGAGGGGAGUUGGAUAAUGCCUAUGAGAUGUUUGAUGAAAUGCUUAAAAGAGGUUGUGGUUCUAAUGCCUUUGUUUAUACCUGCUUCAUUGGUGCUCAUUGUAAGUCAGGAAGGAUUGAAGAGGCUAUAAGAUUGAUGCAAGAGAUGCAGCUCUCUGGUUUUAAACCAUACCAGAAGACUUACAGUUAUAUGAUUGAAGGGUGUUCUAUGUCACGAAGACUAGAUGAAUGCAUGGCGUUUUAUGAAAAAAUGAUUAAACAUGGUUUUGUGCCUGAUUCUGAUGCUUGCAAUCAGAUGAUUGGCAAACUCUGUGAAUGUGGAAAGGUGGAGAAGGCUAAUGACAUCUUGACUGUUCUCUUAGACAAAGGAUUCAAAGCUAAUCAAGUCACGUAUAUGAUACUUAUGAAAGGGUUCGGAGAUGCAGGAAAUGUCCAUGAAGUUACAAAAUUGUAUUAUGAACAGCGGCACCGUGGCAUUCAUCUUGAUCCCAUGGCGUUGGAUGGCAUUGUCAUGGCAAAUUUUGUCGAAAAGUUCGUAGAUUAUCAGAACUCUCCGCAGUCAUUCACCUACCCACAAGGCAUAAGUUGA